UGUUCGCUUUUGAAAAGUUGACUGUCGUUGCGGCUUGAGACACAACUGCCUAGCCGCUCGUCGUGUUAUUUCAUCUUUUAGUGCAGCAUCUGCUGGAGCAAGUACGAUCGGAAAAUAUUUCAAGUGCGAUGACAUUGUAAGACUUCGCGAAAGAGAGAACUAUUACAUUUGUUUCCGAAGAUGGGUGGACCAAACACCCCGAAACUUUUCAGUUUAUUCACUUUGAUGGUGAUAUGUUUCUUUGUGGGAAAUUUAUAUCAAAUUUCUGCUGAUUCUAAGAUCGAUGGAGAUUUAAUAUUUGAUAGCAAUGACAAACAUCCUAGGUUACUUAGACAUUUAUACAAAGAAGAUGUUGAAUCUAAACCUCCAGUGGAAGAACAUUGGCUUACUUCAACAGUAAAUAGAUUAAGGAGGAGUAUAAACAGCGUUUUUUCAAAAGAUACUCAUAAUGAGAAAUUGGACCAUCAUCAUCAUCACGUCGAAAAGAAGAGUAAUCAUCAUAGGACGAAGUUCAACGCUUUCAAAAAACCUAAGUUUGGCAGAAAACACAGAGAAGCAGAUGACGGAGAUAAAGAUUACGAUGAUGGCCAAUCGCAAUAUCAGGUUUAUUAUGAAUCUGGUAAUGCUCAGGAAGGACAAUUUGAAAACGAAGGUCAAGGCCAAAUCGAACAAGACGAAGAUGAAAGUGAAGGCCAGUUUGAGAAUGAUUUAACACUAGGAAAUAACGAUAAUUACGCAGAUAAUGAUGGGUUUGCACCACUCAAGAUAGGUGAAGCUACGGAAGAUUCCAAUUACGAAAACGGAAACGACAAUGGUGACGAUAAUUAUUAUAAUAAUGGCGAAGUUGAUACAGGACCAACUGAUGACGAAGAUAUCGGCGAAAUAUCUGGAGACAGAGAUUCUGAUUAUGGUUCAGGUGAUAUCGAUGAUCGUGAUUAUGACAACGUUCCUUCGACCACUACGUAUAGCGUUGAUCAAGGCCAUCCAAGAAUAUACAGGGUCGCCUUUACUAUUCAAGAACCAUAUCAAAAUGAAUACCAAGAUCGAAAUAGCCAACAGUUCAAGACUUUGGAACAAAGAAUCAAAAGAUCACUCGAAAAUGUACUUCAAGGCAUUCCUGGAGAACUUUUUAUAUCUGUAAUCAGCUUGGAGAAAUCUCAGGAUCUAUUCAAAAUUCGAGUAACAAUCGAUAUCGAUUUCGAAGGAAAUGCUGGAAGUGAUGAUAUAAAACGUGCCAUCUUCGAACCAAUUCACACUAAUCAUAGACUUGGCGAUCUUACAACUACGAAUCCAGAAGAUCUUAGAUUCAUUGAAUUCGGAGCCGAAGGCCCACAUUGUUCUGAAGACGAACUGAAAUGUGGAAGUGGGCAAUGCGUUGCUAAUAGUUUACGUUGUAAUGGCGUUAAUGAUUGUAAUGACGGUUCUGAUGAAGAAGGUUGUGUAUACGAACCACCCAAAACGGAACCCCCUGUAACAGAAUCCACAACACCGUACCAACCAAAUGAGGUAUUUGUUACUACAACGACAACUCAGGUUCCUGUUACUGAACCAGUAACUACAGCCCCUACUACUACCACAACUACAGAAAAACCUUCAACAACCACCACUACCACCGAAGCAACAACACCUUACGAACCACCUGAACUACAAACUACAACAACCACAACAGCACCAACUACUACAAUUAAGUUGCCAGAUGAACCGGAACUACCUUUCAUUGAUAGUGGUAGUGGUGCCGGAGAAUGUCGUGCAGAUGAUUCUGUUAGAUGCUCAGACGGAUCCAGAGUUAUUUGUGCUGAUCAAGUAUGCGAUGGAAUAGAAGAUUGCGACAACGGAGCCGAUGAAGAUAAUUGUGGCAGUGCCGAGUGUCGCCAAGGCGAGUUCAAAUGUGAUGUGUACAGAUGCAUCCCAAUAUCACAACAUUGUGACGGCAAAGCUGACUGCACUGAUGGCACCGACGAACAUAAUUGUCAAAAAGAAUGUAAUGACCAGGAAUUCGCUUGUGAUGAUCAAUGCCUAUCGCUUGAUAGACGAUGUGAUGGUAUCAGGGACUGCAUGGAUAAUACCGAUGAAACCAAUUGUCCAGAACAACAAUGUCUUCCUCCUUACUUCUACUGUGGAAGAGGAGAUAUAUGCAUUCCCGAUUACUUAGUUUGCGACGGCCGUUCAGAUUGUAAAAAUAACGCAGAUGAAAGCAAUUGUACUUCUGCAGGUGAUCGAUGUAGAGCUGACCAAUUCAGAUGCGGGAACGGCCAAUGUAUACCGAAAUCCUUGGUAUGCGAUCGAAAAUACAAUUGCGAAGAUUUAAGUGAUGAAAGAAAUUGUCCAUGUCUCAAGGAUGAUUUUAGAUGUGAAAACGGAUUCUGUAUCCCACAUGCUCAAAGAUGCGACGGUAUUCAUCAAUGUCAGGACCGUUCUGACGAAGUAGGAUGUAACGAAACACAUUGCGAACCACAUCAGUUUAGAUGUAAUGACGGAUCAUGUAUAGAUCAGAUUUUCCGUUGUAACCUCAAACAUGAAUGCCCGGACGGUUCCGAUGAAAUCGGUUGUAAUCAAUGCCUGCGUGAUCAAUUCAGGUGUAGUGAUGGCACCUGUUUGAAUUUCGAUAAAAUAUGUGAUACUGUUUCCGACUGUUUACACUCUGAGGACGAGGAGCAAUGUGGACACUGCAAGUCUGAUGAAUUUUUAUGCGCAAAUGGACAAUGUAUCGAUUCAAAAUUGCGCUGCAACAAAGUUUAUGAUUGUUCUGAUCAGUCUGAUGAAGCAAAUUGUAACGGUUCGUGUACACAAGGUUACAUUCAGUGUAAAGAAGGUAAUUGCAUUGAAGAUUACAAACGAUGUAACGGUUAUGUCGAUUGUGAAGAAACAGGCAGUGAUGAAGAAAACUGUGCCAUAGACACUACUAGUCCUACAAUCACUACUACUACACUUUCAUCAGUUAGGGUUUGUCAGCCUGACGAAGUACUUUGCGCCGAUGGGACCUGUAUAUUUGGUAAAAAAUGUGACCGAACUAUAGAUUGCAAAGAUCGAUCAGACGAAAUGGGUUGUACCGGUUUUUGUGAUAUCACAGAAUUCCAAUGUGGUAAUGGUUAUUGUAUCUCGGACAAAUUGCGAUGUGACGGUCUCAAAGAUUGUCUUGACAAUUCCGAUGAAGAAAAUUGUGUUAAUACCUGCCCUAAUGGUCAAUUCCGUUGCGAAAAUGGUAUUUGUUUGGAUUCAAAAAGACGCUGCGAUGGUUAUCCAGAUUGUCCUGAAGGAUCUGACGAAGAGGGAUGUUCCGGUGCUCAAAAUAAAACGUCCAGCUGCGACAGCAACCAAUUUGAUUGUGGAGACCAUUGUAUACCUAUCACUUUCCGUUGUGAUACUUACCCGGACUGUGUAGAUGGAUCGGAUGAAGAAGGAUGUGGUAACUGCAGAGAGAGUGAAUUCCAAUGUUCUGAUCACACCUGCAUUCCUAAGAGUUUACAAUGUGACGGUAAUUCCGAUUGUGCUGAUAAUUCAGACGAAACAGAUUGCGCUGAACCAACAAGUCCUCCCAGAUGUAACUCCAGACAGUAUCAAUGUAAUGAUGGAAGCUGCAUUGACGAUUUUAGACAAUGUGAUGGCAAUGCUGACUGUCCUGAUAAUUCAGAUGAAAGCGACUGUUCAAUUUGUCCCAGUAAUCAAUUCCAAUGUAAUAACAAUUUCGACUGUAUUCCCAUGAAUUUACGUUGUAACGGCAAAAAUGAUUGCAAUGAUGGUUCUGAUGAAUAUAACUGUCCAACUGAACGUCCUACUUCUCCUCCAGACACAACACCACGCGGUCUCAACUGCCCAUACGGUAUGCAACCAUGCAAAUCUGGAGAUAAUUGCGCUAAAUAUUGCGACGGAAGAGUCGAAUGUUACGACAUGUCAGAUGAAACGGAUUGUUCUUUCAACCCUCAAGAGCUUGAUUUAAGAACUUAUCCAAACGGCACUGAAGAGAGAGAACACAUGUAUAAAACUGGGCAAGAAGUUGUAUUAACGUGCAGAGACGAAGGUCCUCUUCGAGCUAAAGUUCAAUGGACUAGAGCUAACGGAGCUCCAUUACCACCGGGUUCAACAGAUAUUAACGGUCGUCUUACUAUUCCCAAUAUACAAUUAGAACAUGCGGGAACAUAUCUUUGCGUUGCCGUUGGAUUCCCAGCUGACAUUUCAAGAACAAGAGUUGCUGUACCUCUCACUGUACUUCGAAGACCUCCGCGACCAACACUUCCACCUUCAGGAUGUAGUUCAACACUUGAAGCUACUUGCUCUAACGGCGAUUGUAUUCCAAAAUCGAAAAUUCGCGAUGGCCGAUUUGACUGUACCGAUGGUUCUGACGAAGAUGGAUAUAGACCAGAAGGGUGUGAACCGAAUGAAUUCAAAUGUAGAAACGGAAAAUGCAUCUACAAAGCUUGGACUUGUGAUUCAGAUGACGAUUGUGGUGACAAUACCGACGAAGAAAACUGUGGUACCAACCCACCUGGCUCAGUAUGCCAAUACCAUCAAUUCUCUUGCCAUUCCAAUAAUCAAUGCAUUCCAAAAACCUAUCACUGCGAUGGUCAAAGUGAUUGUGUAGAUGGUAGCGAUGAAGUUGGUUGUGGUAAACCAGUAAUAUCAAAACCACCUCCUCCAAUGGUUAACCUAAACGUAGGUGAUAUAUUCCAAAUAUCUUGCACUGCCAUAGGCAUUCCUACUCCAGAAAUAGUGUGGCGUCGUAAUUGGAAACACGUUCCCUCGAAAUGUAGAAUGACAAGCAGUAACGGUGUUGGUACCUUGAUUUGUGAAAAUAUUCAGAUUGAAGAUCAAGGAGCUUAUACUUGUGAAGGACUUAAUAUUAAAGGCGCCAUUUUGGCUGUACCUGAUACUAUUUUGGUUGUCAAACAAGAUAAUCCCUGCAGGCAAGGAUACUUCAAUGCGCAAGCUAGAAGUGAAGGAGAAUGCAUUUCAUGCUUCUGUUUUGGUCAUACUAGCAUCUGUAGAUCCGCUGAUCUAUUCACAUUCCAAUUCCAGCCUCCCUUUGAUGCUCUCAAAUACGUUGGAGCACGAGUAGAUCCUUCAGGAUCCGUGGAUAUAAGAGACGAACCUAUAUAUACUGCAGGAGAACCACAAUUAUCUCCUUAUGGACCUCAAGGUGUGCUAGCCACAGUACCUGAAGGCUCCCAGUUGAACCAGUUAAACGUUAUUCCAUAUUUUGCCAUGCCAGAAAAUUAUCGUGGUAAUCAACUCAAGAGCUAUGGAGGAUAUCUCACCUAUUGGAUCAGACACUCUAAUAGAGGAACACCACUACAAGGACCUAAUGUUAUAAUUACAGGUAAUGGAUACACUUUACUUCACGUAUCUACUCAUUCUCCUGCUCCAAAUUCUGAUGAACGGAUGCGAGUACGCUUCUUCGAAGGUGAAUGGGUCGAAAGGUCACCCAAUUCCCGUGAAAAGAUCGCAACUAGGGAAGAAAUCAUGAUGGCUCUUGAAAACGUUGAAAACAUUCUCAUCAAACUCCAAUAUAAUGAAGGAACUUUGAAUACUACCUUAAAUAAUGUCGAAAUGGAUUCGGCCGGUUUGUCCAAUGUUGGAUUAGGACCAGCUAAUUAUGUUGAAGAAUGCAGUUGUCCCGUUGGAUACUCUGGAACCUCUUGUGAAAAAUGUUCUGCUGGUUAUAUAAGACAAAGUAACGGACCUUGGUUAGGACUAUGUACCAAAGAACCUGUGAAAUGCCCACCAGGAAUGUAUAAUGAUGGAAGAGAAUGUCAAAUAUGCCCUUGUCCUCAUACUACUCCAGGAAACCAGUUUGGACGAUCCUGCCAACUCGCUCCUAACGGUGAAGUAAUAUGUAAUUGUCCACCUGAGUAUGUAGGUAAUAGAUGCGAAAAAUGCGCACCUGGCUACCAAGGCAACCCGUUGGUCUCUGGUGAUUAUUGUAAACCCAUACCAUCACCAGCACCUUACUGUGACGUUGCCGGUUCUCUCGAUUCCAGACCCGACCAAUAUGGACGUUGUCGUUGCAAGAAUUUGGUUGAUGGUCCCACUUGUAACCAAUGUAAGGCAAAAUCAUUCCAUCUGAGUAGCUCAAAUCAAUUUGGUUGCGUCUCCUGCUUCUGUAUGGGUAUAACUUCCCAAUGUUCCAGCUCUAAUUGGUAUAGAUCACAAGUUUCAACAAUUUUCGUCUCAUCCCGACAAAAUUUCGCACUAGUCGAUAACUUUAAUAGAGAAACUCCAAUAACAGAAGGCAUAAUAUUAGAUUCACGAGAUCGACAAAUAUCGUAUAGUGGUUUUAGAACUUCGGAUGUUUAUUAUUGGUCACUACCUUCACGUUAUCAAGGAAAUAAACUGACAUCCUACGGCGGUUAUUUAAGAUACUCUCUACGUCACAAAUCAAUACCAGGUGGUCAAAGUUCUAGAAAUAAUGCGGCAGAUGUGGAGCUUGUCAGCAAAAACAAAAUCAAUCUAUUGUAUUACAAUCGCAACCAAACUCAACAAAACCCCAACGGCGCGCAAACUUUUGCAGUUCCAAUUUUAGAGCAGUACUGGCAACGUAUCGAUGGUCAAAUCGCUGAUAGAGCACACCUUCUGAUGGUAUUAGCUGAUCUUGAAGCCAUUUAUAUCAAAGCUACAUACUUUACUAAUACACAAGAAUCAUCGUUGAUUUCUGUAUCGUUGGAUAUUGCCACCGAACAAAAUACAGGUUCUAAUCAAAGAGCUGUCGAAGUUGAACAAUGUCAUUGUCGUGAAGGAUACACAGGUUUAUCUUGUGAAAAUUGUGAUGUAGGUUAUACCAGAACACCAAGUGGACUUUAUCUCGGGCUAUGUGAAGCUUGUGAUUGUAACGGAUAUUCUAAUGAAUGUGAUCCUGAUACCGGAAUUUGUUUAAAUUGUAAAGAUGGUACCACGGGAGACUACUGUGAUGAGUGCUUGCCUGGAUACACUGGAGAUCCAAGUAAUGGAGUACCCUGUAGGUACAGAGGAACGCCUCCACCGUGUUACUGUGAUCCACGGGGAUCCCUCUCGUCCGAAUGCAGAGAUGGCAGGUGUUCUUGCAAAGUAAAUGUAGAAGGUAACAACUGUGACCGAUGCCGAAUCGGUUCUUUCGGUCUUAACGCCAGCUCCAUCGAUGGUUGCGAAUUCUGUUUCUGUUCUGGCAUAUCCUCAGAAUGUAUCGAAAGUAAUUUGUACCGUGAACAAAUCCCUUACCAAAUCACAGCAGGAAAUCACGGUUUCACUAUCACUGAUCAAUUCUUACGUCAUAGAAUAACUGAAAACUUCGACAUUAACGAAUAUAUGAACGAAAUCAGCCACGGAUUUUUGCCUAGUAAUAGAGAAACAAUGUAUUGGUCGUUGCCUGCAACAUUUACUGGAAAUCAAAUUAAAUCGUAUGGUGGAAAUUUGGAAUAUUCUCAGAGAUAUACUCAGAGACCACAAGCCAAAUACAUUCCUGACAAGGACGUUAUCAUUAUCGGUAAUGGAAUCACAAUAUUCUGGUCUCAUCCUACUGAACAACGUCAAGACAUCGUUAACCCAGUUUCAGUUAAAUUGCAUCCAACAGCCAAUUGGUUCCGUUUAGAUCGUAAUCAAGGCUCUAGACCAGCUUCUCGUGAAGACAUUCUUACGACUCUUGCUAAAAUUGAUGCCAUUCUGAUUCGAGCAACUCAAUCCAGUGAUACUGGUACAGCAUAUUUGAGUGAUAUUACUUUGGAUACUGCCGUGGAACAAAACACCGGUAACGCUAGAGCCAGCAGCGUCGAAGUGUGUAGGUGUCCUCAAGGCUACGAAGGUACAUCCUGCGAGUCGUGCGAUGCUGGGUACUAUAAAGAUAGAACUUUCGACGAAUCACGUCCAUUAGGAUCUUGUACAAAAUGCCCUUGUAACAAUAACGAAGAAAGUUGUGAAUUGGGACCUGAUUACCGGGUGAUUUGCCAAUGCAAACCGGAAUAUACAGGCAGAAAUUGCGAAUUUGAGGUUGGAUUUGUGACUACAACGGAAUAUCCAGACGUACCAACAACAACUAUGUCUAAUAGAGUAACAAUAGACGUUACCAUUGAAGAUACCAACAUUGGAAUCUAUGAAAUUGGUAGCACUGUCAGAUACAAUUGCUCAGCUAGAUCUCUUUUAUCAGCAAGACCUGUUCGAAUAAAUUGGAGAAAAGCUGAUGGAGACUUACCAUCUCGAGCUAUUGACGAAGGAAACGGUAUUUUAGUAAUCACCGAUCUAAAAGCAUCAGAUUCUGGAAGAUAUGUAUGUGAAGCAAGUGAUGGAUAUACCAUAGUUACAUCAAGUGUGGAUUUGAAUGUGGGAGUUCCACGAGAACAAAAACCAAGAGUGGCAAUAUCACAACCUUACGUAGAUGUGAAUGAAGGACUUCCUGUAGAAAUCCAGUGUGUCGGAACUGGAGUGCCCACUCCCGACGUUAGUAUCGUUAGAGCAGAUGGUCAACAACUAAGCCCAGGACAGCGUUUCGAAAACGGUGUAUUCCGCAUUUACCAAUCCCGUUUAUCAGAUUCUGGAGACUACAACUGCAUAGCUUCGAAUCGUGUAGGCACUGACUACGCUAGAUUUACUGUAACUGUUCACGAAGUUCAAGAUCGUAUAGUCCAAGUAGACAUAUCUCCUUCAUCUUUCUCAGGAGCCCCUGGAGAUACGGUUAUGCUGAGAUGCUCAGGCACACCUUUCGGACAAAUCAUAAAGUGGAGCAAACAAGGAGGUGAUCUUCCUUAUAAUUCCGUCGAGGAGAGAGGGAAUUUGAUUAUUCGUAAUGCUGCACCAGAAGACUCUGGCGUUUACAUUUGUACCGUUACAGCAACAACAGGCACCAGAGGUUUUAACAGGGCUACAGUUACAAUUACCGGGAGCCAAGAGGGUCGUUUCCCCACUGCUGCAGUUUCCGUUGAUAAGAUUACGUUAAACCAGGGUGCAUCUUCUGAGAUACAGUGUAACGCUACAGGCGUACCACCACCAUCUGUACAAUGGACAAGACUUGGAGGGGAACUCGGUCGUAACGCAAAACAAUAUGGAUCCACUCUCCGCAUCACUAAUGCCGAAGUAGAAGAUCGUGGAGUGUAUGUUUGUGUAUCUACCAAUGUCAACGGACUUGCUCAAGCAACUGUCGUAGUAGAAGUUAUACGUUUGGAAGCUCCUCGACUUGAAAUUUACCCAAGUAUUAGUCAGACCGUGAUUGCUGGAAAUAGUGCAGUUUUACAAUGUAGAGCUGUAGCUGGAAUUCCAACGCCGGAAGUAUUCUGGAGUAGAGAGAAUAAUUUACCACUGAGUUCAAAUGUUGAAGAAAUGGCCGGAGGUGCUUUGAGAUUCACACAAAUUACUCUAUCAGAACAAGGUGAAUACAUAUGUACUGCUAAUAACGAAGCAGGUUCAUCGACUGCUACAGCUCAAAUUAUCGUUCACAUACCUCCGGAUGUUAUAGUUACUCCACGACAAGAGGUGAUUACCAGGGGUAUAGGAGACCAAUUACGUCUUGAAUGCGAAGGUACUGGAUUGCCAUUACCUGCGGUUUCGUGGAUUAAACAAGACGAAUAUAGUUCUAGUCGUUCAUACGGGAUACAACCUCAAGCAUUAACAAAUAAAGCUUAUCAAGAAUUUACUCGUCUCACUAAAGAAGAUGAGGGUGUGUACUUAUGCAAAGCUGAAAGUAGUGCUGGACUUGCUUCAAGACGUGUUCAGUUAGUAGUGGAUGCUUUACCAAGCAGAGGUGACAUUACCGGUCGGCCAUCAACAGGUGAAGAUGCAACAUCCUCUGGUAAUGGUGAUUGGAGAGAUAAUGAACCAUCACGACCUCAUUUCACAACAACAUACAGACCCCCGUAUCCCACUCAUGAUCAAGAAUUCACAGUAGCUCUAGGCGGAAGGGCCGAGCUAGAGUGCAGAAUAGGAAAUGCAGAAGGUUCCUCCCUCGAUAUAAGGUGGUCAAGAACUGAUGGUAACCCAUUACCCAGUAGAUCUAUUCAACGGAAUGGUGUUUUGUACAUUGAUAAUGUAGAACAAGAAGCACAAGGAGAAUACAGAUGCUCCGGUUACGAUUCAUCCGGUCGAGCCAUAUUCAGCGUUAAUCCAUAUCUUACGGUUAUCUUUCCGCCAAGAAUAACGUUGGUUCCUCAACGUCAAGUGGUACAUCCUGGAGAACACGCUUACAUAAAUUGCAGCGCUAGUGGAGAUCAACCCAUUGAAAUAUCUUGGUCACCUAUGGGUCGUGAUAUGCCUAACUCAGUUUAUACCAGAGAUGGUUAUAUACGUUUCAAUAAUAUUCAACUUCAAGAUGCUGGUCGAUAUUUGUGCACGGCCAUCAACAGAGCCGGUAAAGCUGAAGCUGUAGCUGAUGUUAUCGUUGAAGAAAACGUUUCAAGACCUGCCAUUAAAGCCGAACAAAAACAACAACAAGCUCCAAUCGGUACAAACGUUAGCUUACGCUGUAGAGUCACCAAUCCUAAUUUCGCUAACACUGUGAGAUGGUUUAGAGCAGGACCCCAACUUCCCUAUGGUGCUCGAGAAGAUGGGGAACUCUUAUAUCUCAGAAAUGUGAGACAAGAAGACCAGGGAAGGUAUUAUUGUGAAAUCCAAACUAAAAAUGGUACUAUCAGUGACUACGUUGAUUUAAUUUUAACAGCACGUCGAUGGAAUUGCCAAGAGGGAUAUUGGUCAUGUAAAAAUAAGAUUUGUAUACCGGAAUAUCUCUGUUGUGAUGGGAAGGACGAUUGUGGAGAUUACAGCGACGAAAUGGAUUGUUCAAACAGGAAACGACGGGGACCUGCACCACCAACAAGACCACAAGAACCUCAAUAUACAAUUACUUUCAAUCCACCAGAAGCAGAACACUAUGUAGGUGAAGAUAUUGAAGUAUACUGUCAAUCCUCUGAAAGAGGAGCUAUCACCAUGUGGUCUAAAAUUUCGGGGCCUUUGUCGGACAACGUGAUCAGUGUAAAUACUGUUUUGAGGAUUGCUAAUUUGAGUCCCCAAAAUCAAGGUGUUUACAGAUGUGAAGCAACUGGAAGACUAUCCACUUAUUACAAAGAUUAUAACUUAGUUGUAAUUGAUGAUCAGUUUAAAGACCAACCUCCUCUACAAACAAAAGAAGCAGCAAGAGGAUCAACAGUUCAGUUAGAUUGCAAAGCAAAUUUCGACGCUACUGAAUAUGUUUGGACCAAACAAGGAGGAGAAUUACCAAGAGAUGUCAAUGAAUUUUCUAAAACCAUCCAACUUAACGACGUAGAUAGCUCAGACGCUGGUGUGUACACAUGUACUGCCAGUAAUAGUGAACAAUCUAUGGAUAUCCCAGUAAUUCUUGUUGUUACUGACAUAGUACCAUACUUUACACAAGCUCCCAACAGCUACAUCACUAUUCCAACUUUAUCAGAUUCUUACAUGCAAUUUGUGUUCGAAAUUUCCUUUAAACCACAACAAGACACCGGUUUAAUUCUAUACAACGGAGAGAAAGGAAACGAUAGAAGUGGAGAUUAUAUAGCACUCUCUUUAGUGGGAGGAAUACCUGAAUUCAAAUUUAAUUUGGGAGCCGGCACCACUAUAGUUAGAGCAGAAAGGCCUAUUACUAUUGGAGAUUGGCAUACUAUCAAAAUUUCAAGAAAUAGAAGGAAGGUUACCAUGUACAUAGAUGGAGACGGUCCAAUUGUAGGUGUGGCAGAAGGCAAAUAUACUGGAUUAGACUUAACAGAGCCCAUGUUUCUGGGAGGAGUACCUAAUGUUAAUGGUAUUUCACGUGAAGUUUUAGGAUAUGAACAAUACCACGGAUUUGUAGGUUGUAUUAGUCGUUUAAAAAUAGGACAUUCUCAUUUGGACAUUUUGCGGGAAGCCUUGAAUAAAACUGGAAUAACAACAUGCGAAUCUUGCAGUGAAAGUAAAUGUCAAAAUCAAGGUGUCUGUCAGGAAGCUUUAUCCAAAGAAGGUUACAUGUGUAUAUGCUCAUCAGGCUACAGCGGUCCAACUUGCAGUAAACUGAAAGGAGAAGCUUGCUCACCACAUGCAUGUGGAAUCGGAAGAUGUAUUGAUACAGAUAAUAGUUUUGAAUGCCAAUGUCCCCUUGGUCGUGCUGGACGUAGAUGUCAAAGAGAAAUCACAGUAAUAGAACCAGCGUUUCAAAAUGAUGCUUACAUUGCUUACCCCACACCAAAACCGGCAAGAAAAUUAAAACUAACAUUGAAAAUAAAACCUAAUACUUUAGAAGAUGGUAUUCUGCUCUACUGCAGUGAAAGUGAAGAAGGAUACGGCAAUUUUAUAAGUUUGGCAAUCAAAGACAGGCACUUGGAAUUCAGAUUUGAUGCAGGAAACGGUGCAACGGUAAUAAGGGAUGAAACUGACCUAAAACCAGGCGAGUGGCAUGUUCUCACAGCAACUAGGUCUCUCGGUGAAGGCCGACUCAUGAUUGACGGACAAGCACCAGCUAUUGGAAGGUCAACAGGUAACUACAAGACCAUAAAUCUCCAAACGCCACUAUUCGUCGGAGGUUACGAUAAACACCACAUUAAAAUAAACGAUGGAGUACAAGUUUAUUCUGGAUUUAACGGAUGCAUUGGAGAUAUCAAUCUUUCGGGUAUUGAUGUUAACUUGAUUCAAAACAUAACCGAUUCCGCCAACGUCAGAGAUUGUAACGCCGAAGAAGAUAUUGAUAAUAAUAUCUCUGAUAGUAACACGGAAAGACCUUUCAGACACGUCAGUUGUUCAAAUAAUCCAUGUCAAAACAACGGACAAUGCUACCCACUCUCACCAACAACAUACCAAUGUGCUUGUGCAGCAGGUUUUACUGGACAAAAUUGUCAAACUGCCGAAAAUGUAUGCGAACCGAACCCAUGUCAAAAUCAAGGUACCUGCAUUUUGAAGAAUACUCACUAUGAAUGCGAUUGUACUCUUGGAUUUACAGGACGCAACUGCGAUCAAGUAACGGAAAUACGCAACGACGCCCAUUUUGAUGGAAAUGGUUAUCUAGAAUUUAAUAGAGAUCUUCUAGCUCAUCGCGACGGAGAACAGGAAGUAAUCGCAUUAGAAUUAUCGACUAACCAAUCAAACGGACUCAUUUUCUGGCACGGACAAACUCCAAGCUCCAGUGGAUAUGGAAACAAUUAUAUAGCUUUAUCAAUUGCCAACGGUUUCCUGGAAUACAGCUUUGAUCUAGGGGACGGCCCAGCCAUCGUUAUAAACAACAAACGACGUGUCGACGACGGGAACCGACACAGUGUCAUCUUGAAACGUGACGGUAAAAGAGGUUCAAUAGAAAUAGACAACAGUUGGACUCAAGAAGGAGAUGCUCCUGGUACAUCAACAUCGUUGAACGUCGAAGGAAAUAUCUACAUUGGAGGAACGCCGAAUAUCUCCAGGAUGACGGGCAAUAAGUUUUCACAAGGUUUCAACGGAUGCAUCCAUGGUUUUGAAUUGCAAAAUACCCAAAGAUUAGAUUUAGGAAUUAAAGCUAUCAAUGGUCUGAAUGUCAGGCCCUGCUCUAGCUUUUCAGGCCGAGACAUAUGGUUGAAUGAUCUGGUAAAUUGAAGAAAGAACCCCUAGAUUAGAUAAAACGCUGUCGUCGUUAAUAAAUACUUAAUUUUGUAUAUUUCACACCCCAUCGUGUUCACUAUUUUGUGUUCAUAUUAAAGUUGCACAUAUAAUAUUGAGAUUAUACUAAUUUGAAUAGCUCGAUAUUAUAAAGCUGUAUUUCACCAUUUCCUGCUUCUUGUGUUAAUAUUAUAUUAGCUUCAAUUUCUUUGGAAUACAGCCUUUGUACAUUUUUUAUAUGUUAAUACUGCCAUUUUUCCAGUUCGUUUACUUUUUUUACCGUUUUUUAUGUUUUAUUUUUUCAUAUAAUAGUUGAUGAGAAAAAUAUCGUGCCAUUUUACAUAAUAGUCUAAGUGAAAAAGAAAUUUAUGACUUGAAGUCAAUCCAGUAAAUAUUCCUUUUUCUCUACUUUCAUUUUUAUGGUGCUACUGCUUCGAAAAGAACUACAUGCAAAACACAAAUAAAAUACCGGUUAUUAAAAUAAGAUUUCUAAUCAAUUUAUGAAACAACUUCAUCCGGCUUUUCUUACCACAAUUAUUUCUAUUUAUAUCUUUAGCGGGUUUUAUUUCGCCAUAAACGGAAUUCAUAUUUCUAUGUUCACUUCUAUUUAUGUAAGACUUAGAAACUAAACCUAUUCCAUUCACUAGAAGCUUUGCUAAAAUUCUAGUUUCUAGGAAAUUGUCUACUAUUGGUUCUCAUUCUCAUUCUGUCUUCUGUUGUUAGUUAAGGGAGCCUUCAUUGAAUUUGAAAAUUUUCCAUUCAAAAAAUCCGUUAUACAUUGUUUUUAAACGUAGUUUUUUUUUAUAAAAUCCAUUGUAUCCGAUAUCUUUCAUAAAAAAAAUCGAUUGUUACACAACAUAAAAAUAAAUUCAUUUCAAUCUUCCCAUACUUAUGUUGAAGUUAUAUUUUUUGUGUUUUGCAAGUUUCUAUGUUCGAAAUACGUUUUUGUUCCGCGUAUGAUGAUAAAAUUAUUUAGUACUUACGUUUAAAAGAAAAUUUUUACAAUGUGAUUUCAAAAACGAAACGAAAACGUAUCAGCAAUGGUGAUUAACAAUACAGAAGUAGGUAUAGGCUAUUAAAAAACAAAAAGAUAUUUUAUAAUUGCUUAUUAUUUCUCUCUAGAUAACUCAUUGUUCUUAAAAACAUGUAUAUUACUCAAAAAAAAAAUAAUAUAAAAAAAAAAUGUCUAAACUUACAUUCAGAAAUUUGGAAGAAAAUAUUACCUGAAAAUGCAGUCUUUUAAUUCGUUGUUCGAGAAAAAUGCAUUCUCAAUAAAUACAGACAAUAAAUAUGAUAAAUGAACAUA